CGUAGAAGAAGAAAUACUUAGAUGACCUAAGCUCCAAAUAAAAAAUAAAAAAUAUUUGGGGAGUUGUGAUAAAUAAGUAGUUAAAGAGCAUUUUGAUCUCAAAGAGGAGGGAAGAAAGUAGGAAGUAUAUAUUGGGAAAAUGCAAUGUAUGAAAUAAUUCGUUGAAAAGUGGGAGAUGGGAGAGUCGGCGGAGAAAGCGAAGGCGGAGGCAUUGCAGAUUAUCGGAGCAUUUGAAGUUUUACCGAAACUGGUUGUUUUCGAUCUCGAUUACACUCUCUGGCCUUUUUACUGUGAGUGUCGAUCGAAGCGCGAAACUCCUUCUCUCUAUCCUCACGCCAUGGGUAUUUUAUCUGCUCUCAAACUCAAAGGAAUCGAUGUUGCCAUCGCUUCUCGAUCUCCAACCUCAGAUAUAGCUAAAGCUUUUCUCAACAAAUUGGGAAUCACUUCAUUCUUCGUCGCACAGGAAAUAUAUUCCAGUUGGACUCAUAAAACAGAUCAUUUUCAGAGAAUUCAUUCAAUCACUGGAAUUCCUUUUAACUCCAUGCUCUUUUUUGAUGAUGAGAAUAGGAACAUCCAAGCGGUCUCUAAAAUGGGAGUGACUAGCAUUUUGGUGGAAAAUGGGGUAAAUCUUGGAUCCUUAUCUCAAGGCCUUGCACAAUUUUCUAGAAACUGGAAUACAUCACAGAAGAACAAGCAGAAGUGGUUAUCCAGUUAUUCUCAAAAGCCAGAUACUUCCAACUCUGCUCAAUGAAAUUCAAUGUCCAAGUAAAAUAUCUCGCCGGAUUUUAUUUUCAAUCUAAUUGAUUGAUGAAUUUGAAUACAUAUUGUAUAAUUGCCAUGAAACUCCUACUUUAAUGAUUAGUUUCAAUCAAAUUACUAAAUCAGUACAUCAGCUAAGCAGAUUUGAAGGUUCUGCCUCCAUUUUCAUGUAACAUAACAGCCAAACAUGUCAUCUCUGUUGUUGUACUUAGUAUUAAUGUUACUUGUGUCUUUGGGAUAUACUGAUUCAACUUUAUAUUCAUGAAUGAUGAACCCUGCUUUCUCUAAUCA